UCGACUAGUUUCACCUGUUUUUAUGAUGGGUGACUCAUUCAUCAUAGCGAUAGACUUUGGCACUGCUUACAGUGGAUAUGCCUUUAGUUUGACACCCAAAGAGGAACAAAUUGAUCCUUUUUUGAAGCGCUGGGGAAAAGAGCUCGGACUGGACACCCCAAAAACUCCAACCUGCAUUCUGUUCAGUGAAGAAGAAGAAUUUCUCAAGUUUGGUUAUGAAGCCAAAACCACAUACACCAACAUGUGUGGAGGAGAAGCAAGAAAACUCUUCUUUGAAGCCUUCAAGAUGGCCCUUUAUGGCACAACACUCAACAGAGAUGUGAUGAUUAAAGCUGCAAAUGGAAAGUCAAUGAAGGCCUUGAAGGUUUUCACUGAAGCUUUACGAUACCUGAAGGAAGACGCACUAGAAACCAUCGCAGCAAACACAGAGGGGAGGAGGUUUAUUGCAUCUGACUUCACCUGGGUGCUGACUGUACCUGCGAUCUGGGAUCCUUCAGCUAAACAGUUCAUGAGAGAAGCUGCAACUCAGGCUGGUAUUGUGACCAAAGGAACAGAGGACAAGUUGGUCAUUGCACUGGAACCAGAGGCAGCUUCAGUCUGGUAUAAGAAGCUCCCAGCUGAAGGUUUUAUAACACAGAACCAUGGAGGAGACUCACUGGAGCACUCUCCAGGAACACAAUACAUUGUUGUCGACUGUGGAGAUGAAACUAUUGACAUAACUGUCCAUGAGGUUCUGGAUGGAGGAGCCCUGAAGGAGCUGCACAAGGCCUCUGGAAAUGAUCUGGGUGGACAAACUGUGGACAAGAAAUUCAAAGAGUUCCUCAGAGAAAUCUUCUGUCAUGGUGUCUGGGAUGAGUAUGAAAGUAACUAUCCCAGUGAGGUUCAGAAAAUGAUGUAUGAUUUUGCAGUUCUCAAACAAGAAGAUGAAGAUGUUCAGAUCAUCUGCCCAUUUAACCUGGGAACAAUAGCUCAGAGAAGACAGGAAAUAGAAAAGUUCUUUGAAACUGUGGAAGGUGCAUCCUGGAAUGACAUAUCAAUCAAAAUCUCCAAAGAGAAAAUGAAGUCUUUCUUCAUUGAGUCUCUGAACGGCAUCACCAAGAGUCUCAGAGAAAUCUUGAACAAAGACUUGAGUGUUGAGUUCAUCCUGUUAGUGGGGGGGUACGCUGAAAGCAAAAUUCUGCGUCAACAUAUCAUCAGUCAGUUUGGUCGUCAGUGUAAAGUUCUGUGUCCAUUUAGGCCUCAAGAAGCAGUAUUGAAAGGAGCUGUGAUGAUUGGAAGAAACCCAGAGGUGGUGGCAUCUUGGAGAAGUGCCUUUACUAAUAGGACUGAUAUCUGUCCAAGGUCCAAACAUAAGGCAGACAAGAAACCCAUGACUAAAAAUGGAGAGGGGGGUGAUGAAACUGCCUGCUUCAGUAACUGGAAGAAAACAGAGGUGGCGGCAUCUCAGAAAAGUGCCUUUACCUACGGGGUUAAUACCACUGAGAGGUUUGAUGAGUCCAGGCAUAAGGCAGACAAGAAAUACACAAGCACAGAUGAAGAGAGGUGUAAGGAUGUUUUUAUGAAACUAGUGGAGAUUGAUGAGGCUGUGUGUUGGGACAAAUCCAGAGAGUACAUCUUUUUUCCAGCAGAAGAAGAUCAGAGGUGUAUGGAGUUUAGAUUUUUUAAAACAGACAAAAAAAAUCCCAUCUAUGUGGAUGAGCAUGGAGUGGAUGAAAUUGGCUCAUUCGUCAUUGGCAUGCCCGACACUACACGUGGCAUGAGUCGUCAGAUCAAACUGGAAAUCAGGUUUAGUUCCACAGAAAUGACAGUGACUGCUAUCACCAUGGAUUCCAGGUCAACUACAUCAAUAAAGCUUGAUUUCAAAACAAGUAGAUCCAUCAGGAAUCGUAGACAGUGGUGAGUAACAGGCAGAAGUUGAAUCAUACAGUGUUAGAUUCACUGGAACUGACUAAAAUGGAAGAAUCGUGAUGAUCACCUGUUUUAAACACAUUUAAU